GCCGAGGCCAUCUACCUGGACAACAACCAGGUGGACAGCGUCAUCCGCAUGUACCAGAACAUGAACAAGUGGGAGGAAGCGCUGAACGUGGCCGAGACUCGGCGGCACCCAGACCUGCCGCAGCUGCGCGCCAACUACCACCAGUGGCUGAUGACCACCCGGCAGGAGGAGAAGGCCGGCGAGCUCAAGGAGCAGGAGGGCGACUACCUGCACGCUGUGCAGCUGUACCUGCGCAGCGGCUUGCCGGCCAAGGCCGCCAGGGUGACGCUCAACACGCCCGACCUGGCCAACAACGUGGGCCUCAUCAACGGCAUCGCGCAGGCGCUGAUCACAGCCGAGCUGUUCGAGAAGGCCGGCGAGAUGUACGAGCGCGUCAACGAGCUGGAGCCGGCGCUCGACUGCUACCGCAAGGGCAACGCCUACUCGCGCUGCGUGGCGCUUGCCCGCUCCAACUUCCCCGCAGUGGUGGUGCAGCUGGAGGAGGAGUGGGGCGACCACCUGGUGUCCAAGCGCGAGCUGGACGCCGCCAUCAACCACUACAUCGAGGCGGGCAAGACCAUCAAGGCGCUGGACGCGGCUGUGCACGCGCGCCAGUGGAAGAAGGCCAUGCAGAUAGUACAGGGGUACAUGUCCGAAAAUCCUGGAGCUGUGCAGAAAAAGAAGAAGAAGAAGAAGAAACAGGCGGCCGGCGGCGACCAGGACAUCUCGCCCUACCUGCUCAAGCUGGGCGGCCACUUCGCCCAGAUCGGCGACCACGCCACCGCCGAGAAGCUCUUCAUGGACGGCGGCAUGUUCAAGGAGGCCAUCGAGAUGUACAACAACGCAGGCAAGUGGGACAAGGCGUACUCGAUCGCGCGCCAGUACAUGCAGCCGGAGGAGGUGAGCCACAUGUACAUCCAGCAGGCGGCCCAGCUGGAGGAGCAGGGCAAGUUCCGCGACGCCGAGAAGCUCUACAUCACCGUGCAGGAGCCCGACUUGGCCAUCACCAUGUACAAGAAGCAGCGGCAGUACGAUCACAUGAUGCGGCUGGUGACGGAGCACCAUCCGGAGCUGGUCAACCAGACGCACGUGCACCUGGGCGGCGAGCUGGAGAACGAGAACAACUACAAGGAGGCCGAGAAGCACUACGUGGCCGGCGGCGACUGGAAGGCGGCGGUCAACAUGUGGCGGGGUCUGGAGAGCUGGGAGGAUGCCUUCAGGGUGGCCAAAAACUCGGGCGGCAACAACGCGGCCAAGCAGGUGUCGUACCUGUGGGCGCGCACCAUGGGCGGCGAGUCGGCCGUCAAGCUGCUGCGCAAGCUCGGCUACCUGGACCAGUGCAUCGAGUACGCCUGCGAGAGCCUCCAGUUCGACUUCGCGUUCGAGCUGGCUAAGGGGAGCCAGGCGAGUAAGACCCAGGAGAUCCACUACAAGCAAGCCAUGGCGCUGGAGGACGACGGCAAGUUCCCCGACGCCGAGGAGGCCUUCAUCCGGGCCGGCAAGCCGCGUGAGGCUGUGCUCAUGUACGUGCACAACCAGCAGUGGCCGGCGGCGCAGCGCGUGGCGGAGAACUACGACCCGGACUCGGUGCCCGACAUCCUGGUGGGCCAGGCGCGCCAGGCGUUCCAGGAGCAGAACUACAGCAAGUUCGAGUCGCUGCUGCUGCGCGCCGGCCGCUCGGAGAUGGCCAUCGGCCUUUACAAGGAGGCCAACAUGUGGCAGGAGGCGCUGCGGGUGUGCCGCGAGUACGCGCCGCACAAGCUGGACGAGCUGCAGGAGGAGUACGACAAGAACGUGAUGAAGCAGACCGGCACCAGCACGGCCAGCGGCGACGUCAAGCUGCUGCUGGAGCAGGCCGCCAAGUGGGAGCAGACGGACGAUGUCGCCAAGGCUAUCGACUGCUACAUGAAGAUCAACCCGUCCAUGACGCAGGACCGCGCCAUCGUGGAGAGGGCCUGGACCAGCGCCGCCGAGCUGGCCAUCAAGUUUCUCGGCGCCGUCAAGGGGCCGAAGCUGGCCGCCGAGCUUGGCAAACGUCUGCUGGAGAUCGGCGCUAACAACGCGGCCGCCCAGGUGUUCCUCGGCUCGGACAACAUCAAGGAGGCGAUCAAGGCCCUGGUGCUGGCCUCCGAGUGGGACAAGGCCAAGAAGAUCGCGCAGGAGAUGGACCCCAGCCUCCUGAAGGCCGUGGAGGAGAAGUACAAGGAGUUCCUCAAGAACGAGGGCCAGGCGGACGCCCUGGCUAGCGUGGACGUCAUCCAGGGUCUGGACAUGUUCGUCCAGAAGGGUCAGUGGCAGAAGUGUAUUGAGAUGGCCAAGGAGCACGGAUCGCAGGUGCUGCACAAGUACCUGGCCCUAUACGCCGCGCACCUGAUCAAGGAGAAUUCGCCGGUCGAGGCUCUCAAGCUGUACGUCAAGAACGGCGCGCCGGCCCAGCCGCAGAACUACAACAUCUACAAGUACAUCACGGUCAGCAUGUUCGGCCAGCACGCGCUGGCCACGGCCGAGAGCUACAAGGUGUGGUCGGAGCUCCGCGAGUUUCUGUUUGACCUGGUGGGCAACAUGAACCACUCGGCCGAGGCCGGCUCAGCGGUGACACGAGGCGUUCCAGACCAUGCUGUUCGUGGCCCACCUGCUGGCCACCCGGUCGGCCGCGUACGGCGCUGACCAGCUGACCAUGAUCGCCAGCAAGAUCUCGGUGGCGCUGCUGCGCUACACCGAGCUAGUGCCCGCCGACAAGGCCUUCUUCGAGG